GUUCGCGUUGCCAAAGAUGAUCACUACGAGUAUAAAUAUGUCCGUGCCAUAACAGGAUUCUCCCUUUCUCCUGUUAUUCAUUAUUUGACGUACCCUCAAUGGUUAGCUGGAUUUUAAGUGUUAUCACACUGUCAUUGGUACCAUCGGUGUUCACCGCACCAUUCGUUCGUCGUUCGGCGGCCACGGUGUACCAUGAAUGUACCGAGCCAGGCAAAAUUGCGCUGACUUUGGAUGAUGGGCCGUUUUAUCGUACAUGGGAACUAGGCAACAUGCUCAGCGAUCAAGGGGUCAAGGCGACAUUCUUCAUCAAUGGCAAUAAUUGGGUAGAUGUCAAAGCCAGUAGCGUCGACACUUCGGAAGGAGUCAAAAGUUAUAUGGAAGUUCUUAAACAUUUGGAUGACUUGGGGCACCAGAUCGGUAGCCAUACAUAUGAGCACAGAGAGCUCGGCGGUCUUUCUACAGAAGAUAUCCAUUAUCAAAUGGAGACCUUGUCAUCUGUUAUUGAAGAAGCCAUUGGCAAGAGACCUGCAUUUAUGCGUCCGCCAGCAGGAAGCUAUGAUGACCAUGCAUUAGAGGUGCUUGGUGACCUGGGGUAUCACGUUGUCAUGUGGAAUGUAGACUCUCAGGAUUGGGUGACACACGAUCUUGGCGCAGAAAAAGGAGAAUAUGAAGCUGGUGUGGGCCAAGCCUCAGGAAGCUAUAUUACAUUGCAACAUGAAGUUUUCGACCAGACCAUUGACGAACUGAUUCCAUGGAUUGUGAAUUAUGGCAAAGAGAAACAACUUGAAUUCGUCACUGUAGCAGAAUGUCUCGGUUUCGGCAGUGGUUAUCAUUAGUGCUUUGUGCUCACGUUCACAUGCACACGCCACCCAUUGGAUUUGCCAUUCUCCUUGGGCAAAUAGUUGUUAUAGUGCUGCUUUAUCUUUUUGUCUUCAAUAGGGAACUGUUGCCCUAGCAUAAUUUAUCAGCUGUAGCCUGUCUAACUUGGCUACAUAGUGUUACUUCAUGAUAUUGUUCAACGAAUUUUUCAUCACAAAGUAAUAAAUCAUGACCGCAUUUGAAAUGAC